CCUCCAACCAAAAUUGUUAAUAUAGCAUUGUAACAAAACGGGACCAACUACCAACAGUAUGCGGUUUGUAAAAAUAACUGCUGUUAUAUACACUUUGUUUUUUAACUAUUGCCAUACGUAUGUUAUUGAAAAAGUAACCACAGCAGUACAGCAUGCAGAAGGACCUUUUUGGUGUCCGGAAACAAAAAAUCUACUUUACGUAGAUACAUUUAAGUCAACUCUGCAUAGAAUAAACGUAGACAACAAAAAAGAUCAGCAGUUUUUGCCACUUAAAAACCACCAUUCGAUUGGUUUCGUGAUACCAAUAAACUGCGAACUCGAAAGAUACUUAGUAUUUGCCGACCACGAUGUAUAUUAUUUAAAGUGGUCUUCAAAUAGAACUGCACUUAAAAAAAUUCUAACAAUAGAAGAGAAUAAACCAAUGAACCAAUUUAACGAAGGGAAAGCUGACAACAGAGGGAGAGUCUGGGCAGGAACUUUAACAAGACAGAAAGACCUGGGAGUUGCCUCAGAUGGUGGUAGUUUAUACAUGAUCGACCAUAACCUAAAAGUUCAUCUUAAAUUAACUAAUUUAAGUAUUAGCAAUGGCUUAGUUUGGAAUAAAUGUCACACCAAGUUUUAUUUUAUUGAUAGCGCUACCAAGAAUGUAGACGCGUAUGACUACAAAGAGGAGUUAGGAAGUAUAACUAACCGACGCACUGUUAUAAAUAUUGAAGAUGCCGGUUUUGAAGGUAUUCCGGAUGGAUUAAACAUAGAUCUGAAUGGUAAUUUAUGGAUAGCAUUGUUUGGAGGUCAUUAUGUGCUCCAGGUCAAUCCAGUAACGGGGGAAAUAAUCCGUAAAAUAAAGAUGCCCGCCACAUACAUUACGUCGGUUAUAUGGGGUGGAAAUAACUUCGAAACCUUGUUCGUGUCGACAUCCCGUCUUCAGCUUAACAGAGAGCAAUUAGAGAAAGAACCGGAAGCUGGCAGUAUAUUUGCAGUUAAGGGUUUAGGAAUAAAAGGUCUUAGGUUAAAUAUGGCUAUAAUUAAAAUAUAAUAUGAACGAUUGAAAGUUAUUUUUAUAAUUGGAAAAAUCAUUUUUUUGUAGAUA